AUGACAAUCACCUCUCUAGGCUGCUCCUUCUCUGGGGGUACGCACGAUGCCUACGUUUGGCGGCACAGCGAGCUGCGAGAGGAGCUCCGCAGCACGCAUUCAUCUAACGUGCGCAAGUAUCUGUUGGGUGACAGUGGUUAUCCCUUGGAGCCCUGGCUCUUGACUCCUUUGCCAGGCGAACAGGAGCCGUCGACACCGGAAGCGCGGUGCAGCAGUCGACACCGACGUGCACGCAGCACGGUGGAAAGGUGCAUCGGCCUCCUUAAGGCUAGGUUCCGGUGUCUGCAGCGCUACAGGGGUCUACACUACAGCCCCCAUAGGGCAUCCAACAUUGUGGUGGCUUGCGCAGUGCUUCAUAACAUCUGCAUGCACUGGCGCGCGCCCCCCGCUGAUGCCCAAGGUGAAGAUGACCUCGAUGACGACGAGGCGAGCGAGGGUUCCACUAGCCAUCCUGUGCCCCCUCGCGAAACAGACACUUAUGAGGCAGGUGCUGCGGUUCGAGCACAGUUAAUUGAUGACCUGUGGUGA